AUGGCAACAGACCAGUUGGUAUUAGACUCUCGCUCUGAGAGUGGAGAGGACUGGUCUUCGUCACUUCCAUCAUCCCCCGAAUCAUCAGUGCCAACAACACCACAGUCCCGUAGUCCACGCUUAACGGCAAAACUACAGGCAGUUCAAAAUGUCCAUGACGCUCCGUUACACUCUUCUACGUCAGACAACGAUGACAAUUCACUCCCUCCUAUCCCAAAAACCGAACCUAUCCAACCACUCUCCACCGACUCUCAAACACCUGACCAUUGGAUUGCACGAGAUGCUCGUAUGAUUAGACUGACGGGGAAACAUCCGUGUAAUGUCGAGGCUCCCUUGUCUGCAUUGUUCAAAGCUGGAUUCCUUACUCCUCAGAACCUGUUCUAUGUCCGAAGUCAUGGGGAUACACCACGAAUCAGCGUGAAGCAAGCGAAGGACUGGAAACUCCGAAUUCAUGGGCUUGUUGAGAAUGAGUUGGAAUUCUCGAUUCAGGAUCUAAAGGAAAGGUUUCCCGUUGUCACGCUACCCGUGACUCUUGUCUGUGCUGGUAACCGUCGAAAGGAGCAAAAUAUGGUAGUGAAGGGGCUGGGAUUCAAUUGGGGUGCUGCUGGCGUAUCCACUGGUCUUUUUACCGGUGUAUACUUGGCUGACAUUCUGGCCUACUGCAAACCGAAAAACCCUCUUUUCUCCGCAUAUCCCUCUUAUGACAAGCCUGUCCCUGGACGUGCUCGUCAUGUCAUCUUCGAGGGCGUCGACGAGCUUCCCAAAGGAAAAUACGGCACAUCUCAGAGGCUCAGCUGGGCAUUGGACCGUAGCAAGAGCAUGCUGAUAUCUUGGGGCCUCAACGGUGAGGACCUUUCUCCGGAUCACGGCUACCCCCUUAGAUUGGUUGUUCCAGGCCAGAUUGGUGGACGUAUGGUCAAAUGGCUCCAACGAAUUGAAGUGUCAGACUGUGAGAGCCAACAUCACUUGCACUUCUUUGACAACAAGCUUCUUCCCACCACAGUGACAGCAGACCAAGCAAGGAGUGAAGAUAAAUGGUGGUACGAUUCCAAAUACAUCAUCAAUGAACUCAAUGUAAACGCGGCAGUUUGCUCACCUGCCCACAAUGACAUACUGCAAGUAGCAUCCGAUACCUCUAUGGCACAGACAAUUACGGUAGAGGGAUAUGCAUACACCGGUGGCGGACGACGUAUAACUCGAGUAGAGGCCACACUCGACGAUGGGGACACUUGGAGGCUCUGUGACAUAACUUAUCCAGAGGAUCUGUACCGAAGUUAUCCAAUUGAGCACCAUCCUUACUUUGGCAAGCUUGAUUUGAGCACGACAGAUAUGAGCUUUUCCUGGUGCUUUUGGAAGACUGAAAUCGAUGUCAAAUCACUGCUCGCAGUUCGAGAUGCCGGGUUCAUUACCAUUCGAGCAAUGGAUGAAGCGCUAAGCAUCAUGCCACGGGACAUGUAUUGGAAUGCUACUUCUAUGAUGAAUUCGUGGUGGUUUCGAGUCGCAGUCCAUGGAGAAAACAAUGGUCAGACUCUUCGAUUUGAACAUCCUACCGUGCCUGGCAACGCAAAUGGAGGUUGGAUGCAGCGUAUGAAGGAAGCUGGGAUGAACCCGAAGUUUCCUCGCCUGGGAGAGAAUAACCCAACUUCUAGCGCUAUCGCCGGAGAGUCAAGGAAGCCUCGGGGACCCCAAACAGACGAAGAUCCCAAGAGCGUAAUGAUAAACCCAGACAAAGUGUCAAGACUUGUUACUGCAGCCGAGCUCGCGGAGCAUGCCGACAGCGACGGUCCAUCGCCUUGGUUUGUUGUUGAAGGCCACGUAUAUGAUGGCACGGAUUUUCUUUUGGCUCACCCUGGUGGAGAGCAGUCCAUUCGUUUGGCAGCUGGUGAAGAUGCAACAGAAGACUUUAUGGCCAUUCACUCCAUGGAUGCCAAGAAAAUGUUGAGGGAUUACCACAUUGGCAAGCUGGAACAAACUUCAGAGUCAUCGGGAUCUGCAAUGGCAAGCCCUCAGACUCAGGAUGAUCCAUCCAAGCCAUUUUUGGAACCCAAGGUGUGGAAGAAGGUUCUUCUGGUCCAAAAGAGAGAGGUCUCUCAUGACUCGCGAAUCUUUCGUUUCGCCCUGCCUCAUGAGCAUCAACUACUCGGUCUGCCAGUGGGACAGCACGUGUAUGUUCGGAUAAAGAAGUUUGACAAGGCAACCGGUAACACAGUGAUCGUACAGCGAGCAUACACUCCAUAUAGCGGCAGUACCCAGCGUGGCUUCAUCGAUCUUCUCAUCAAAGUGUACUUUCCGUCAAACGAGUUAUCGCACAAGGGUGCUCCUUUUGCAGGAGGACAAAUGACCAUGCUGCUCGAAGAAAUGGGAGUUAACACAAACACUAGUGAAUUGACGGUGGAACUGAAGGGGCCCAUCGGUCAUUUUACAUACAUCGGUGAUAGUCGGGUGCAGUGGAAGCCGAACAAUUCCGUUCGCAACAUCAGGAGGCUUGCCAUGAUAGCUGGCGGCAGUGGUAUUACUCCGAUAUGGUCCACAUUAAAGGCCAUUGCAGACGAGUACUCGGCUCGCGCGUCAUCUGAACAGGUCAACCGAGUCGAGGUGUGGCUUAUCUAUGCCAAUCGAGAGGAAGAAGACAUACUCAUUCGCGAAGAUCUCGAUCAGCUCUCGCAUGCCAUGAGGGAAAAUCUCCAUGUGUGGCAUGUUCUGAGUUCCAAUAAACUGAACGCAGACUGGAAAAUGGGACGAGGGCAUGUUGGAUUAGAGUGUCUCCAACAACACCUCCCUCCAGCACCUUCUGCACCCUCUGAUGCAGAUCUUGAGGAUACGCUGGCGUUAGUUUGUGGCCCCCCGGCUAUGGAGGCAAAUGUUUCUUCUGCGUUACAAAAGCUUGGGUGGAGCCUUGAAAAGAAUGUCGUGUUUUUUUAA